AAUAUAAUCUGUCAGUUCGAUCAGUGUUCAUCAAACAAAUAUUAUCGUAUCAAAUAAACUUAUCCACACAAUGGCAGCCAAAGCCUUAAUCAUUGCCUGUUUGGCAAUUCAAGCCAAUAUCAUUGCUGGAUUAGAUUGCUCGCCUUCAUAUUCAUCUGGACAUGGACUAAAGGAAUAUUCUUCGCCAUCGUAUUCACCUUCCUCUUACUCAGCUCCAUCAUAUGGUGCCAAGCCCCAAUCGUAUUCUGCUCCACAAGCUUACUCUUCUCCUUCAUACUCGGCGCCAUCAUAUUCGUCAUCUUCCUAUUCUGCUCCUUCAUAUUCUUCUCCAGCAUAUGGUAAGUCACAAGCUUACUCUUCUCCUUCUUCGUACUCAGCUCCGUCAUACUCAGCUCCAUCGUAUUCGGCUCCGUCUUAUUCGGCACCAUCAUAUUCUGCUCCUUCACACUCAUCUUCAUAUUCUCCAGCAUCUCAAGCGUAUGGAAAGCCACAAUCAUAUUCCACUCCUCAUGCCCAGACUUACUCUGCCCCAGCUUAUGGUAAACAACAAUCUUACUCAGCUCCUUCUUACUCUGCUCCAGCUUAUGGUAAACCACAAUCUUACUCAGCUCCUUCUUACUCUGCUCCAGCUUAUGGUAAACCACAAUCUUACUCAGCUCCUUCUUACUCUGCUCCAGCUUAUGGUAAACCACAAUCUUACUCAGCUCCUUCUUACUCUACCCCAUCUUACUCUAGCCCAGCCUACGGUAAGCAACAAUCUUACUCUGCUCCGUCUGCGUCCUAUGAACAACCCAAAUACCCAGUAUCUCAAUACUCAGCUCCUUCAUACGAAGCUAAGCCACAAGCAUAUUCUGCUCCUGCUACGUCAUACAACAAACAACCAUCUUAUUCCACGUCAGCUUAUCCAUCUUACCCAAGCCAACAAACUUAUGCUGAAGAAUCUUAUGCACCAAGACCGUACAAAUUUGAAUACAGCGUAAAUGACGAACACACAUAUGAUAUCAAAAGCCAAAAGGAAGAAAGUGACGGAUAUCACGUAAAAGGAUACUACACUUUAUUGGAGUCCGAUGGUUCCCGCAGAAUAGUCGAAUAUACCGCUGAUGAAAACGGAUUCAACGCCGAUGUGAAAAAAGAAGAAGCUCAGGGUUACAGCAAAUCAGCUCCAGCGUACAACAAGGACUCUCAAUCAUAUAAAUCUGCACCAGCUGCUUACAGCGCACCAUCGUACAACAAACAAGAAUCAUCUUAUGGUGCACAGCCUUCUUAUAACGCACCUGCGUAUAACAAACAAGAAUCGUCAUAUGGUGUUCCAGCCAAACAAUCUCAACAAUACGAAGCUCCAUCGUAUUAAUUAUUUCGAAUACCAAAUUAUAAAUGUUACAAUUUAACUUUUAUGCUCUUUUAAAUAUUUGAAUAAGAACAAAAAAUGUGUUAUUUGUUUUGUUUUUAUUUAUUAAACUAUG